AUGGCCCAGGAUCUCUGUGGGACGCAGUCCCGCGUGCCCUCCUGCUCUGCUGAGGUUUUUAACGAGGUUUUAGACUGGGUCUUUGGCUCUGAAAAUACGAAGUCUGCAGGACUGCCUUUGGCUCUGGAGGAAAGCGCGCAUCCCCUUGCGUUGGUCGCUGUGAUUCUGUGCGGCUCUCCAGGAUGCACUUUCAACGCGGCGCUGUGGGUGACUGCUUAUGGCAACGUGGGGCUGUAUUCUCCGGGGGCUAGAGGGUUUGUCCUGGCUCUGGCUCUCCUGGUCUCUCAGGUGAACGUGGACGGUCCCGUGUCAGCGGGUGAGAUAACGCUGCAGAGGAAGGUGUUGGGUUUCAGCGUCGCCCAGUUCAGAGCUCCAGAAUUGGGUAAAGGGGUGAAUACAGUUUGUGCGAUUUUGGAUGUCUUGGGACUUCUGAGAUGUCUGGAUUUCCCUGGUACCAGGAAGAGCAGGUACUGGUACCUGGUACCAGUUCUUCCAGUUUUUAACACUGAGAUCCUGCACUGUCGUCUUCAGGAAGAAAAACCAAUGAAAAGCAAGAUUGAUAGCAGCCUGAUUUAUCACGAAUGUUGGAAACAAAAUGAGGUUAUUGAAGAUACCUCUGGAGCCUGUCAGAGGUGGUUUAUGCCUAACCGAGGGACAAAAAGACCCCGCGAUGAGGAGGAAGAAGAAAUCAAAGCACGUCGGAAACAAGCCAGUGCACGAGAGCACAGUCGUCACAGGGAAGAGGAGGCUGCUGCGCUGGAAGAAACUGAUGACGAGAAGAAGAAACUUCUUCAGAUAAUUGAGAGGGAUGGAGAAGAGGAAGAGGAGGAAGAGGAACCUUUGGAUGAAAGUUCAGUGAAGAAGAUGAUUCUCACCUUUGAGAAGAGAUCUUACAAAAACCAGGAGCUGCGGAUCAAGUUUCCUGACAAUCCAGAGAAGUUCAUGGAGUCGGAACUGGAUCUGAAUGACAUCAUUCAGGAGAUGCACGUGAUCGCCACCAUGCCAGACCUGUACCACCUGCUGGUGGAGCUGAACGCCGUGCAGUCCCUCCUGGGGCUGCUGGGCCACGACAACACCGAUGUUUCCAUAGCCGUGGUGGACUUGCUCCAAGAGCUGACCGAUAUAGAUACUCUCCAUGAGAGUGAAGAAGGAGCUGAAGUCCUCAUAGACGCUCUAGUGGAGGGCCAGGUCGUGGCCUUGUUGGUCCAGAAUUUAGAGCGCCUGGAUGAAAGUGUGAAGGAGGAAGCUGAUGGUGUCCACAACACGCUGGCAAUCGUCGAGAACAUGGCAGAGUUCCGCCCGGAGAUGUGCACGGAAGCCGCGCAGCAGGGCCUGAUGCAGUGGUUGCUCAAGAGGCUGAAGGCUAAGAUGCCUUUUGACGCCAACAAGCUGUACUGCAGCGAGGUGCUGGCUAUUCUGCUCCAGAACAACGACGACAACAGAGAAUUGCUUGGGGAGCUGGAUGGGAUCGAUGUGCUGCUUCAGCAGUUAUCCGUGUUUAAACGACACAACCCUAGUACAGCAGAAGAGCAGGAAAUGAUGGAGAACCUCUUUGACUCCCUUUGCUCCUGCCUGAUGCUCAGUUCCAAUCGCGAUCGCUUCCUGAAGGGCGAGGGGCUGCAGCUGAUGAAUCUGAUGCUGAGAGAGAAGAAGAUUUCCCGCAGCAGUGCCCUGAAGGUGCUGGACCACGCCAUGAUUGGACCCGAGGGCACGGACAACUGUCACAAGUUCGUUGACAUUCUUGGUCUGAGGACCAUCUUUCCUCUCUUCAUGAAAUCACCCAAAAAGAUAAAGAAAGUUGGCACAACUGAAAAGGAACACGAAGAACAUGUCUGUUCCAUCCUGGCCUCCCUUCUGCGAAACCUGAGAGGGCAGCAGAGGACGCGGUUGCUGAAUAAGUUCACAGAGAACGACAGUGAGAAGGUUGAUAGGCUGAUGGAACUGUAUUUUAAGUACCUGGAUGCAAUGCAGGCAGCUGAUAAGAAGAUUGAUGGAGAGAAACACGAUAUGGUGCGUCGGGGCGAGAUAAUAGACGAUGACAUGGAAGACGAAUUCUAUCUGCGUCGCCUGGAUGCUGGUCUCUUUGUUCUACAGCUCAUUUGUUACAUCAUGGCAGAGAUCUGCAAUGCCAAUGUUCCCCAGAUUCGUCAGAGAGUCCAUCAGAUUCUGAACAUGAGAGGCAGCUCCAUUAAAAUUGUUCGACACAUCCUGAAGGAGUACGCGGAGAACAUCGGGGAUGGGAAGAACCAGGAGUUUCGGGAGAGCGAGCAGAAGCGGAUCCUGGAUCUGCUGGAGAAUUUCUGA